GUGCCAUUUCUUUUGAGCAAAAAAGAGCUGCAGACGAUGUCUGGGAGAUUUGUCACUGCAUACUGAUGAAGCUUAGGUCAGUCUCAAAGAUAUUUAUGGCUGACAUGAGUCUCUUUGCCUUUUUUUCUUUGUCUCCAGUGAAGAAUGCGAGACCUAACGGCUCAGGUAACGAGCAGUCUGCUGCAGUUUCCAGAGGUGACUGUUGAGGCACUUGGGGAGGAUGAGAUCACCCUAGACUCUGUGCUGUGUGGGAAGUUUUCUGGAGGCAGAAGCGGCCUGGCGUGGCUGGCGUGCGGCCCCCAGCUGGAGGUGGUGAACUCGGUGACAGGGGAGCGGCUCUCUGCCUAUCGCUUCAGCGGGGUCAGCGAGCAGCCGCCCGCCGUCCGCGUGGUGAAGGAGUUCUCCUGGCAGAAGAGGACUGGGCUCCUGGUUGGCUUGGAGGAAGCAGAGGGAAGUGUUCUCUGUCUCUACGACCUUGGGACCUCAAAAGUGGUUAAAGCAAUUGCUUUUUCAGGAAGGGUGACUGCCAUCGAGCCCAUCAGCAAUGACGGCGGAGCCAGCGUGAGCACGCGGCACCUGCACCAGAGUCUGCGGUGGCUCUUUGGAGUGGCAGCAGUGGCCACAGAUGUUGGCCAUGUCCUUCUGGUUGACCUUUGUUUGGAUGAUUUAUCUUGCAGUCAGAAUGAAGUAGAAGCAUCAGAUCUAGAAGUUGUCACUAGAAUUCCUGCUGAAGUUCCACAAAGAAGAGAAGCUGUGACCAGGGAAGGGAGGCAUCUCUGUUUUCAGUUGCGAAGUCCUUCAGGAACAGCAGUGUCAACCCUGUGCUACAUAAGCAGAAGCAACCAGCUCGUUGUGGGAUUUUCUGAUGGCUACUUGUCACUGGGGAGCAUGAAAACCUUGAAGAAGGCGCACUACACUCAGGUUGGAGGAGAAAGGAUUCCUGUCUGUGCUCUUACUUUUCAAGAGCCUGAGAAUGAUCUUCAAAAUUGUUGCUACUUAUGGGCUGUUCAGUCUACACAACAAAGUGAAGGGAAUACUGUGAAUUUACAUCUCUUGAAGUUAGCAUUUGGUGGCAGGAAAUGUCUGGCAUCUGGAGAAGUCAUGUAUGAGGAUUUUACAUGUUGUGUCAAGCUCUUCAGUUUAGAUCUCUCUGGUGGAAUCUUUCCCUGGAGAGGGAAGACCAGCAAUACUAAAUUCCUCAGAUGUCAGACCAUAGAAAAAUUUUGCAAUCAUGCUGACAGAGAGGAUAACGUUAAUGAAGUAAUCUCUCCUGACACCAGUGUAUCAAUCUUCAGUUGGCAAGUGAAUACCUAUGGUCAGGGAAAACCAUCUGUUCAUUUGGGAGUGUUUGACAUCAAUCGCUGGUAUCAUGCCCAAAUGCCAGAGUCACCAGGGCCAGAAGAAUUCCUUCAUGAUUGCCCCUAUUUUGCCCUGUGGUCACUGGAUCCUGUAAUAAGCAUGACUUCUCCAAACCUCAUUUUGGAUAUUCUGGUACACGAGCGUAGUCUGAGUCGGGGAGUUCCUCCUUCUUAUCCACCACCUGAACAGUUCUUUAAUCCAAGCACCUAUAAUUUUGAUGUGACCUGCUUGCUCAGCUCGGGAGUUGUUCACAUGACUUGCACCGGCUUCCAGAAGGAGACCCUGAAGUUUUUGAAGAAAUCUGGUCCUUUAAUAAGUGAAGCCAUCCGUGACAGCUACUCUCGGUGUCUUGUAGCUGGCUUGCUGUCUCCAAGACUGGUUGAUGUCCAGCCAUCCAGUCUGAGUCAGGAGGAGCAGUUAGAGGCAGUGCUGUCAGCUGCUGUGCAGACAGGCUCUUUAGAACUUCUGACGGGAUGCAUUAAACACUGGACUUCUGAAGAGCAGCCAAGUUCUGCUGUAAAUUUACGGUUUGUUCUUGAGUGGACGUGGAACAAAGUGAUCUGUACAAAAGAUGAACUGGACCAAAUAUGUGUUCCGCUGUUUGACGGCUCCUGCAACUUCAUUGACCCGCAGACAUUACAGUCCCUCCAGCACUGCCAGCUGCUGCUGAGCAACCUCAGCACAGUCCUGAACUGUUUUCUAGCAGAAGCCCGAGAGCUUACAGAGAAAGGUUUUUCAGACUUGACAAAUAAGCAGAUGGUAACCAGCCUCAUUUUUUUGUAUGUACAAGUGGUGAUCUGGUUCUGUCGAUCCAGUCUCCUUCCUGAGGGUUUAGAUGAUCACAUUCAUUUGUCCAGACCUUUCUACAAUUACCCUCUGAUUCAGAGCUACUAUACGGGUCACCGAGAGAAACUCGAGUGCUUAUCAAGAGGCAAAUGGGAUUCUGAUUGCUUGAUGAUUGAUGGAAUGGUUUCCCAGCUGGGAGAGGAAGUGGAGAAGUUGUGGCGGAGAGAUGAAGGCGGCACUGGGAAAUACCCACCUGUUAGUUUACAUGCCCUGCUGGAUCUCUAUUUGCUAGAAAGCAUUGAAGAAAGCGACAAACAUGCAAUUACAAUUUACUGGCUGCUGGAUAUCAUCCAUUUCUUUCCAAAUAAAACAGAAACUUUACUUGUUUCCUUUCCAACUGCCUUUGCUAUCCCUUGGGGUCUUGUUAAACUGAUUCGAGGGUUUUGGCUUCUAGAUCACAAUGAUUAUGAAAAUUCCCUGGCCCUGCUCUUCCAUCCAGCUACACUCAAGACAGUGUCAUGGCAGCACAUGAGGAUAAUCCAGUCCCUGAUGUGCCAGGGGGAGCACAGGCGAGCCCUCAGGUACAUGCAGAUGAUGAAGCCGUCCAUGUCCAGCAGCAGUGAGGUGCGGCUGUUCCUCACCGUGCUCUUGUCCAACAGGUGCAUGGUGGAGGCUUGGGGUCUGUUGCAGCAACACACCACGAAGUUAAACAUAGAAGAGCUGCUAAAGCACAUGUAUGAAAUCUGUCAGGAGAUGGGGCUGAUGGAGGAUUUGCUGAAGCUGCCCUUCACAGACACAGAAAAAGAGUGUUUGGAGAAGUUUUUACAGACCAAAUCUGGUGUUCAGAACCAUGAAUUCCUCUUAGUCCACCAUCUGCAGCGUGCCAACUACAUCCCAGCACUCCAGCUGAAUCAGUCCAUGAAGGCCCAUCUGUUGAAUGGUCGUGAUCCUCGUUUGAGAGAGAGAGCAGUAGCCAGAAAUUCUUUGUUAGACCAAUAUAUCAAGGUCCUUCCCACAGUCCAAAGGAAGCUGGCAGUAGAGAGAGCCAAGCCGUACCGUUUGCCUUCAUCGGUCUUAAGAGAAGUGCCAAGGCCAAAGCCAUUAUCAACAGCAACAAGGCAGGCUAAUGCAGGAAAUGUGCAUACAAGAGCAAGUUUAAUCACUAAAGUACUGUCCAGAUUUAAAGAAGCAUGGCUAGGAAACAAGACAACCAGUUUCUCAGAAUAUAAGAAGUAA